UAUUAAUACAGAUAAAAAUAAAUACAAAUUUGCCAUUAUACAGGUAAGCGAAGUGCGAAGUAAAUAAAUACAAUAGUUAGGGACUAUACAUGAUAAAAUUAUUACGCUAAGAAAUAUCUACAGUAUCUGAUUUUUCCGUAAGAUUACUCGAUGACUUUACCCUUUUUAUUUUCCUCCCCUUGUCCAAGUCGAGAAGAGCAGAGUCCACCUUUUGCGACUCCUCCAACAACCAGAUUAUAUGACCAAGUAUUUUUUCCGCCAUGUCUUUCAUACCCACAACUUCGUACGCAACAAAUACAACUUAAACGUCAGUUACAAUCCCCAUGCCGUGGGGUUUUUGCUUUGUAGCACGUAUUUUUCACAUCAGGCCUUCUUCCUAGUAUGUAUCCACCGGUUAGACUAUUUUAGCGAUGGUAGUUUAGUAGUAUUUGUUUCAAUUUGUGAUCUUAUAUGUAAUAUUCUGCUUAAAUUCGCGUCAUGUUAGGAACCCAUUGAUAAAAAAUCAAAUCUAUGUUCAUCCAUUUCGUUUGCUUUGCGCUUACGACCACUCAAUGAUAAUUCCAACUGUACGGUAGCUUGUGCGAAACCAGCUAUUUUUGAAUUUUAAAGAAAUAAUAGAGGUGUAAUCCCCAUCUUAUUUACUAGUAAAAUAACUAAAAUAAGGGGAUUAAGAUAUCUAAUAUUCGGACAAUUUUGAUAAAUUACUUGAAUUUUGUUUUACGUCCACAUAGACUACCUUUCAGUUACUCUUGGCAUAUUAUCUCAAACUAAAGAAAGUGUUAUAUUGGUAGUUUAUCUUCAUUUAAGAGUGUAAAGUAUUGAUCAUCAACCGCUCUUGUUUGUAUUUGUAAGUCUCCUCAUAAUAAUAAUAUAUUGUAUAAAUAAUAAUAAAACUAUAGAUUGUUUUUCAC